AUGUCCCACAAUCAUAAUUUAUCCAUCAACUCUCUCAAUUCGAUCAUAGAGCCAACUACGCCGCCUAAUUUAAUCAGCGGAAGAAGUGGUCUUUGGGACUCAAACAAGCUGAGCGGGAACUUAAGUUUACCAAACUUCAGCUUGGAACUGGGUACGGCAGCUAGCCAAAGCGUUAGGCCUACAGCGGCUGCUUUGGCCACUAUAACGGCUUGUAAUGGAAAUACGAGUAAUGGUUUAGUGAACGGUGGCAACAUAAAUGCUAAUUCAUUGGCCCCAUCUAUGGCUGUCCCGUCCUCAUCUCAGUUGCAUAUUAACCAUCCGAGUCAUAGUCGUCAGAUACUGAUGGACUCCAUUUAUGAUAACAAAGAGAAUAUAGGAGGUGUUCAAAAUAGUAAAAUCGAUAAAGAGUAUCUUGCUUCUAUUAGUAAAGUUCCUUUGCAACAAAUCAGCCUGGACAUCUUACAAUUGUCGAAGGACCAAUAUGGUUGCAGAUUCCUUCAAAAAAAAAUUGAUGAAAACUUGAUUCCCAACAAGGCGUCAAGGCAAGCCAAUUUUGAAGUAAUUUUCAAAGAAAUUUAUCCUUAUAUGUAUGAGUUGAUCAUCGAUCCAUUUGGAAAUUAUUUGAUACAAAAAUUAAUUAGCUACUGCGAUGAAGCAAAUUUGAAUUUAAUGUUAAAAAUUUUACAAUAUAACUUGUUUCAAAUUUCAAUUAAUCAACAUGGGACUAGAGCCCUUCAAAAAUUAAUUGACAGUUUGAACAAUAAUUUACAACUAGAAUUACUCACUAAGGGUUUACAGCCAUACAUCAUUGAACUUAUUAAAGAUCUUAAUGGAAACCAUGUUAUUCAAAAGAUUUUGAAUAAAUACCUGCCAGAAGAUUGUCAGUUUAUUUACGAUUCGAUUAUUAAUGACUUGCUAACCGUUGCAACACAUAAGCAUGGAUGUUGUGUUUUGCAAAAGUGCUUGAACCAUGUAACCCCCAAUCAAUUAUUGUCAUUCUCAAAUAAGAUUUUGAGUUUUGAAGUUUUUGUUAAAUUAAUUAACGAUCAGUUUGGAAACUACGUUUUACAGUACUUGAUCUCAAUUAACUCUUUUGAAAUCAAUUUGAAAAUGUUUAACAAUUUUAUUGCAUUUGGAAUUAAUAACUUAUGUAAUCUAAAAUUUAGCUCAAACGUAAUUGAGAAAUUCUUGAAGAAUUGCUACAACAAUGAGUUUCGGUCUGAACAAUUUUCGAAUUUAAAAUUUAGUUUGGUCUACCAAAUAUUGAUUACUGAUUUGAACAAACUAAUUAACGAUCCCUACGGAAACUAUGUUAUUCAGACGUUGAUCGACGUCCUUAUAAAUAGCAAAGUGGGGUAUAAAGAGCCAUUUCUGAACAGUUUUUUGAAACUUUUACCAUUGAACUAUAAGACACUGCAAGAUACUUUGCAAAUUAUAAUUAUCAAGAAUUGGUUCAAGAACUGUAAGAUCGUUUCUAGUUUUGGAAAAAGAAUUCAGCUGAAAAUAAAUUUGAUUUUAAAUGGGGUACCUCAGCAGCAAUUUCACUCAAGUCCUUAUUAUGCACCUAAGAAUAGAUCUCAGAAUAUGAUUUCCCCUCAGAACAUGAAUGCACAAGGAGAAUUCGUCAAUAGCGAUUCACAAAUGAUGCCACCAAUGCAAUAUCGCUCUCUUAGCUUCUCAUCGCCUUCCCAAGGUCAACAAUCUAAUUAUCCAUUGGCUCUAAACUAUUAUCUGCAAUUGCCUAAUAAUUAUAUUUUAGGGUCUGGAUCUCAGAUUGAAACGAGGAGGUUGAACCAAGUAAACAACCAGGCGAUGCGAACAAAUACUGGACUAAAUAAUGAUUUAAUGACUAACGACUAUCAAAUGCCACUGAGGCUGAAUCCAGGACAAGCAUACCAAAAUCAGCAACAAGUAUAUUCUAACCCCAAACAGUCCAGCAAUUCUGCUAUCAACUCAUCAUACAUGGUAAGUACGAAUAGGUUUCCACCUAAUCAACCUUCGUUCGCUCUCAAUUUUCCGCUGGUAACUCCGUUACAACCGCAACAGCAAAACCAACAGAACCAGAGAACUUAUGCAAAGGAAAAUAGCUACUUUCAAAAUUAG